GCUACUACACCUACAAAUACUCAUUAUUUCUCUCCAAACUUUUUACAUCAUUUCUAACCAAAUUCUCUGCAGAAAAAAACCCAUUAGUCUUUAUCCUUUUUUGCUUCAAAAGAGAAAAGUAAAAAUGGUGCAACUACAUGAAAAAGAUGAGAUGGAAACGGGAUCUAUUUUCGAAGAUGAAGAGAGCAAGAAACCCAAGUUGUGCAUCAAUGAUAACAUGGAUGUCCUCAUUGAGAUACUGAAGAAAGCUGAUGGCCGGUCACUAGGCGUAGCUGCGUGUGUUUGCCGGCUAUGGCGUGCUAUAACAAGGAAUGACUCGCUGUGGGAGCACCUGUGCUUCCGCCACUCUUCGCCCCCGCCGGAGGCAGUGAAGAAGAUGGUGGUUGCGCUGGGAGGGUACAAGAGGCUGUACAUGGUCUGCGUGAGGCCCGUUCUAAACAGACUUUUUGGGAAGUUCAGAAGAAUGAAAGUACUAAAAGGCAGUGGAGGGGGUGGUUGUGAGUCGGACUCGGACCUGGUCAGGCGAGUCUGGACUCGACAGGAGGUGGAGCUUUCCUUGUCUUUGUUCUGCGUAGAUUAUUAUGAGAGGGUGCUGCUUAGCGCCGGCGGCGGUGGUGGGAGUGGAAGAAUCGGCGACUCGUCCGCACUGUCGCUUAUGUUCCUCUGCGAGGCGGUGAAUGUUUGAUUGCAGCCGUUGACAUGAUGGUUUAAUUUCAAUCAAAGGGCUAUUUUUUUUUCCAUUUCACAUUCUUUUUUUUCCCUCAGUUGUGAU